AUGAUCUCCGAGGACAUGGCACAACCGGCACACGCGUACAAGAGCUCGGCCAUCUCCCGCGACCCGUGGAACUCGGCCCGCAGCAGCUUCGCCGAACCAUUUGGCAAUGGAGGAUUCGGCAGCGGUCUGUACAUGCCUCAGAGUAUAAGCUACUCGGCUGGUGCCUUUUCACAGGCCCCAUUUGCCCCCGGCACGGUUGCCAACGGCCCCCCGAGCUCCAGAGUUGCGUCCACCAUGUCGACCGCUUCCAACUACGUCGCCCGACCAUCGCCCGUCAUGAACUCUGGCAUGGGCUCCGGCUACAGCUCGUAUCAGAGCUCUCAGUCGUCCUCGUGGGAACCGAAGGCGAGAUAUUCACCGACCGGCUCCCUCGACGACAUCAUUGCCUCACCCAGCUUGUCCGACUACUCGCCCGAAAAUGGCCUCAAUGUUGCCAGUCCGAGAGCUCAUGCCAAGGCCAACGGGAAACGAGCAUCUCAGCGCCGACCGUCGAACCGAGAUGAGUUUGACGGGCCGCAUCAGUUCCUACAGCGACCGCCGCAGGAGGUGGUGGCGAUGCAGGAGCGAGAACUUCCCCAUCUCCCGACCAACCUCCACGUCCAGGAGCAGGACAACGUCCUGACCCAGGUGAACGAGCGCCUGUCCCAAUGCGCCUUUGACUUUGUAGCCAAGUACCAGUUUCCCAUCCCGCUGACCCAGGACAUGAGGCCGGUGGAGAGACCGCAGGACCGGGAGUGGACCGAAUGGGUCUAUCUGCUCAAGAGACUUGCGACCAAGCGGCGCAUUCCAGCCCGGGUCCUCUACAACGGCCAGAUCAAGCAGCUUGUCACCAUCCUGGAGAACUCGCUGGAAAUGCGGCAUGCGGCCAAGCACCAGAGCCGUCCGCUCAAGGACGACCGAAACAUACUGCAGCUUAUCUCGGCAGGUAUCCAGGUCGCCAAGAUCUUGAAGGAUGCUUCGGCCAUGGAUUACCUUGACCGACUAUACGUUGAAACAGAGAAGCGGAUCCAGGAGCGUGCCACUCCGCGAUACCGGUCCUAA